UAUAAAUAUAAUUUUUUUUUUAACAAUCCGUAAAGAGGCAUAGAUUCUGGGGUAAGGAGAAGAGAGAAUCGAUCAUAAAACUGAAUGAAUUGGAGAAGAACACCGGUUGUUCGUCGCGUUCCUCGAUAAACUUCGACUCCAGCUGCAACGAAACCUCAUCUCAGCUUAGAUCAAGGAAGAAAAAACGAAAGAAAGACCAACUGAGAUCCCUUCUCAUGGUGGUCGUCCUGUGUAAACGAAUCACUGCUUUCUUCCAAGGUUUUGACAGAAUCCGGUACUAUCGAACAACCCGUCUCUUCUCCUCUCUUACCUUCCCAUCGUCCAUUACAGCUGACGAACCAUUAUCUGAUGAAAUCAAUAUCAGACCUUGUAUCCAUGAAUCUCAUAUUUUGGCCAAGUUAUCAAAUCUCUUACCAAUCCAUCAGAGCAUUUCCACAACGUUUCUAAACCCUUCAGUUGAAGACAACUCCAUGAAUCAACUUGAAACUAGAAGCCUGGAUGGAUUUCUCUCUCCGGAAGAUAAACUUCGAGGAAUCUUUCUUCACAAACUCACAGGCAAAGCGGCAAUUGAACAUGCUUUGACAAACGCCAACAUUGAGGUGAGCAUCGAUAUCGUUUCUAGGGUUCUAGAUAGAGGGAGUUUAAGUGGUGAAUCAAUGGUUAUAUUCUUCAAAUGGUUUAUCAAACAAAAGAAAAUCUCUAAUGAUUUAGAUUCCUACCACAUAAUACUGAAAGCAUUAGGUAGAAGGAAGUUCUUCAAGCAUAUGUUGGAUGUGCUCCAUGAUAUGAAUCUUGAUAGCAUAACUCUCAAUUCCAAUACACUGACGAUCUUAAUCGAUAGCUUCACCCGAGCUCAUCAAGUCUCGAAAGCAGUUCAACUGUUUGAAAAUUUGGAAGACUUUGGUGGAAAAUGUGAUACAGUUUCUUUCAAUGUUCUUUUGCUAUGUUUGUCUAAACGGUCCCAUGUAGGUGCUGCAAACUCUUUGCUUAACAAAAUGAAAGGAAAGAUCCCCUUUAAUCUUACAAGUUAUAAUGUUAUUAUCAGUGGAUGGGCUAAGCUUGGCAGGAUUUCUGAAAUGGAAUUAGUUUUGAAGACAAUGACCGACGAUGGACAUAAGCCCGAUUGCUUUACUUUCAGUUACAUCAUCUCAGGUUUUGGUAGAGCAGGCCGAAUGGAUGAAGCAUUGAAGAUCUUUAAUAACAUAGAUGAAGCUGAUACCAUUGUUUACAAUGCAAUGAUUUCUAACUUCAUAGCAGUUGGUAAGUUUGAUGAAUUCAUGAAAUGCUACAUGUUGAUUUUGAACAAUGGCUGUGAACCAAACAUGGAUACUUACAGAAUGAUGAUCUGUGGUCUACUAAAAUCUCGAAAGGUAGCGGAUGCAGUUGAAAUGUUCAAUGUAAUGCUUGACAGAGGAAAUAUCCCUAGCAUGGGGGAUAUAACUUUAUUCAUUGAACCAUUAUGUAGUUAUGGUCCCCCUUAUGCUGCUUUGUUGAUUUAUAAUAAAGUGAAGAAGAAGGGGUUCAAGUUGUCGUUAAAAGCGUAUAAACUUUUAAUUGCACGUCUUUCUAGACUUGGUAAAUGCGGGUUGAUUUUGAAUAUAUGGGACGAUAUGGAGAAAGCGGGCUAUUCUUCUGAUGCAGAAGUGUAUGAAUGUGUGGUCGAUGGACUCUGUAAGGUAGGUCAGCUUCAAAAUGCGGUUCUGGUUGUGGAAGAGUCGUUGCGUAAAGGUUUUUGUCCGAGUAGGGUAGUAUGGGGAAGGUUACGAGAUAAAUUGUUGGGUUCAGAUAAAGUUGAUUGUGUCCGUGAUCUCUUCUUGAAGAUUAAGGAUGGGAGGAAAAUUUGUAAUGCUAAGAGAAAUUGGCGAGCUAUGGGUUGGCAUGUUUGAGGUGGUUUUUGUUGUUUUAAUCUUGUAAAUGAUUUAGAUAAAAGAAGUAAUG